CUCUCUCUCUCUCUCUCUCUCUCUCUCUCUCUCUCUCUCUCUCUCUCUCUCUCUCUCUCUCUCUCCGUGGCCACGGACACUUUCUCCCCUUCCCUCUGAUUGCUCUUCCUCUCUUUAUAUCCGCGCUCGUCGUCUCUCUCCUCUCCCCCUCCCCUGCCUUGGCUUUCUCCCACUCCUCUCUCCCUCCUUCUCUCCGACUCUGUCCCGUAGGCUGAGGCGGGAUCUUUUACACACGGCAGCCGCCACACCAGCAGCGCAGACCCUAUAUAGUGCCAACCUCUGUGGGAACAUCAGUGGGACCGAGCCAGGGAGUUUAUACCACUCAGUGCGACUGGAGGUGUGACACAGUCGCAGCGCUCUGCACACACUGAUUCUCACAGGAUUAAAGCCACCGCAUGAUGCUCCAUCGUAAGGUCUGCUGCUGAUUUACUGUCCCUGUCAGACUUAACAUCUUUGGAGGCCUCCUCUGCCUCUACUCCUGUCUUCUGAGGAAGAACUCGUGAAAAACACCCUCCACUGCACCAACCGGAUCACUCAAAGGGGAUGACUGGCAGUCAGCUGGCUCAGGAGUAAGAGAAGGAAGCAACGGGCUGGACUAUGACUCUAAAGGAUGACGUUGGGUUCAUUGCCUGGACGCGGAAAGCUGGGAGCUGCCUGGGCCUCCUCCUGCUCCUCCUGCUCCUCCUGCUCCUCCUUCCCCUCUCAGUCCAGGCAGACAUCGUCUUUCCAAAGGACCAUCAUUUCUCUUGGAAAGCAGGCCAGUGGGGUCAGUGCGUUGGGGACGAGUGUGGUUCUGGCGGGCUUCAGACGAGGACGAUUUGGUGUGUCCACACGGAGGGCUGGACCACCCACCACUCUCACUGCCAGCAUGUGGACAAGCCGGAGAGCCAGCGGCACUGCUUUAAGGUCUGCGACUGGCACCAGAACCUCUUUGUUUGGGACGUGUCAGACUGGGGGGGCUGCGUUCUCGUCCCUUUCUUUUCCAACGAGCACAAGCUGCGGACGGCCGAGUGCAUCACAGCACAGCACGGCAUCCAGAGGCGCAAAGUCCAUUGUGUGCGCACUUCAAACCGCACCACAGUCUCCUUGAGGAUAUGCGAGUUCUUUUCCCAAAAACCGCCUGUGGAGCAGGCGUGCCUCAUCCCCUGCCCCCAGGACUGUGUGGUUUCAGACUUCACCUCCUGGUCCAGCUGCAGCAGAACAUGCGGCGCGGGCCUGCAACAUCGGACGCGACACGUCCUGGCCACACCCAUGUACGGAGGCGCGAUCUGCCCCAACCUGACUGAGACCAGGACGUGCUCCAGCCUCCUUGAGUGCCCCGCCGGGGAGGGCGAGCACCAGUACAGCCUUAAAGUAGGGGCGUGGAGCGAGUGCCGACUGCCCCAUGACAAGGACGCCCUGUUAAAUGGCAGGACCACGGUGGACUUCAUCACCGGCUCCAACGAGAGCAACGCAGUCACGUUGCACACACAGGCAUCCCACCAGCACCGGCACCACCAGAACCAGCACGCGCACAGGUACCCCGUGUCGUGGGAACUGGAGGUGGGAUACCAGACGCGACAAGUCCGCUGCACACGCAGUGACGGCAGGAAUGCAAUGUUGAGUCUGUGUACCAAGGACAACGCCCCGCUGACCUUUAAGGCGUGUGUGAUGCCCAAAGACUGCCAGACAUCCGAUUGGUCAUCGUGGAGCCCGUGCUCCAAGACCUGCCGCUCCACCGAUCUCUCUCCUGGUUACCGCCUCAGGUCACGAAUCAUGACGCAGAUCACAGUUGGAGGAGGCCAGAGAUGUCCUGCCCUUGAGGAAAAAGAAGCUUGCAACAUCAUUGGAGAUUUGCUCCCAAACUGCCCCAGGUAUGUGUGGAGGACCACUGACUGGGGCGAAUGCCGCAUCCUUCCGUUACUGAGCCAGCAGGACCGGCGGCUGGCUAACACCAGUAUUCUGUGUGGAAGUGGGAUUCAGAGCAGGAAGACCUACUGUGUUCAGGUCCCUGAUCCCUCAGCACCUCAUCACAGGAAGGAGGUCUCCAGGCCUGUGGAUGCUAGGCUGUGUAGUGGGGAGGAGCCACCGUUGGCAGUCCAGCUGUGCUCCAUCGCCUGCCAGCACAACUGCCUCCUCUCCCAGUGGUCACCCUGGGGUGCCUGCCUACAUGACAACUGCAAAGAACCCCAGGGGAAGAAAGGUUUCAGACAGAGGAGGAGAGAGUUGUUGUGGGAGUCCGGCGCUCCUCCGGAGACCUGCCCUCAUCUGGUGGAGUUCAUCCCCUGUGAGGACCCCGCCUGCUACCUGUGGCAGGUCAGGCAAGAAGGAAGAUGCAUUCCCGCCAAAAACUCGUGUGGUCCCGGGAAGGCGGCCCUCAACGCGACCUGUGUCGGCGCUGAAGGCAUCGAUGUGCUGAUUGCCCACUGCGCACACGACCGCCCCCCCACGGAAGCGGCGUGCGAGGUGGCCUGCGCUGCCGACUGCGUGGUCGGAUCCUGGUCUUCGUGGUCACCUUGCUCACACAGCUGCGCCACCAGGACGGCGGAGGGGCGACAGAGCCGCACUCGCAGCGUGCUCGCCAUGCCGGGCCAAGGAGGGAAAGAGUGUCCGGCAGCUCCAGCCCUGGAGGAGUGGAGAGUCUGUAAUGAGCACCCCUGUGUGGUGUUCUACUGGGACGCCUCAGCCUGGGGCCCCUGUAUAGAAGACGAGCCCGCGGACCCCAAUGGAACCAGCUCCUGGACCGGGACCUCCGCGCGUGCCACGGGUCUUCAGAGCCGCACAGUGAGCUGCGUGAAGAUGAACGUUGGCGCCGUGACGAAUAAAAGGUGUUGGGAUUCUGCUCGUCCAGAAGCCGUCCGAACGUGUUUGCUCCCCAGCAAGAACGACUGCAUCGUGACGCCCUUCAGCGAGUGGACGGCCUGCCCAGCGACCUGCGUGACCGAAAAUGCCACCGCCGCGUCGCAGUCUCGAUACAGAACCAUCAUUCAGAGGUCGGCUAAUGGAGGUCAAGAGUGCCCUGACACACUGUACGAAGAGAGAGAGUGUGAAUCACUUCCCGUGUGUCCGGUCUACAGCUGGAGGACACACAAGUGGCACAGCUGCAGCUUGGUGCCGGACUCGGUUCGACGUGGACUGUCCGGACCGGGAGAGGAAGCCUGUGGAAACGGUUUAGAGACGAGAGGACUCAGUUGCGUCGGGGAGAGCGACGAGUCGGCCAACGUGACAGAGUGCCUGCGCUGGGCCGGCCCCUUGCCCCCCCAGGUCCGAGAGUGCCGGGUGGCCUGCAAGGACGACUGCGCUCUAACGGCCUGGUCCGGGUUCUCCGAGUGCGCCGGAUGCGGCGGCUCCCGCAGGCGCAGCCGCGCGCUGGCAGGUCGCAGUAAGAAGAAGGAGCAUUGCCUGAACAAGGAGCUGUACCCUCUGGAAGAGACGGAGACGUGUCCCUGUGCCGAGUUCUUGUCCCAGCCCUACGGGAACUGGUCUGCGUGCAUCCUCCACCACCCUGCAGCUCCUUCAGGGUCGCUGCAGGGCUGGAGCAGCCACCGCGCCGUGAAGGAGUGUGGCCACGGUCUGCGCUACAGAGCGGUGGCCUGCAUUAACCAGCGGGGACACCUGGUGAAGCCCACACACUGCACAGACUCAGGCUACGUGGAGGAGGUUUGCCACGUCCCUUGCCCCCUGGACUGUAAGCUCAGCGACUGGUCGGCCUGGUCUGCCUGCAGUGCGUCCUGUGGCAGCGGCCUGAAGACCAGGUCCAAGUGGCUCAGGGAGAAGUCGUUCAACGGAGGACGCCCGUGCCCCAAGUUGGAUUUGAAAAAUCAGGUGUACGAGGCUGCGCCGUGCUACAGUGAAUGCGGCCAAUACGAGUGGCGGAUCGAGCCCUGGUCCAUCUGCACCAUCACCGCUGUGGGGGACGCGCCGGCCUGCGGGGAGGGGGUCCAGAGCCGCAAGAUCAGGUGUGUGGAGCGGGGAACGAGUGGGGAGAACCGUACGCUGGAGGACUCCCUGUGUGACCAGGACGAAACGCCACCCAGAGCCCAGCUGUGCUUUGUGGCCUGCCCGCAGGACUGCGUCAUGGCACCCUGGGGACCUUGGAGCAACUGCCCCCUGCAAUGCCCCGAAGGAGCAGCGCGCAACAGGAGCCGACGAAUCCUCCGCCCCCCCUCCUCGGAGAGCGCCGCCUGUCCGGAGCUGGUCCAGUCGGACGCGUGUGUCCUCAACAGCACCUGCUUCUCCUACCGGCCCCGGGUCUCAGACUGGAGCACGUGCCGCCUCAGUGAAAAUGCCGCCUGUGGGCAGGGAUCUCGGUCUCGUCUCGUGGACUGUGUUCGUAGCGAUGGAAGGAUAGCGGAGUUGCAGAAGUGCGAGCAGCUCGGUCUGAUCAACAGGUGGAAGCUGUCGGAGAGCUGCGUGGUGAACUGUCCUGUCAACUGCAUUCUCUCCGAGUGGUCGCCGUGGGCGGAAUGUUCGUAUACCUGUGGUAACCAAGGUCAGUCCGUGCGGACCCGGAGGAUCCUGCAUGAGGCUCACGAGGAGGGUCGGCCGUGUCCCGUUCAGCUCACCCAGACCAAGCCGUGUACCAUAAGGCCUUGCUACACGUGGCUGCUCAGCGACUGGUCGCCGUGCGCUGUGGAGGGUGCAGAGUGUGGGGAGGGCCUUCGGAGGAGGAGCCUCUCAUGCGUGGUGCAUACGGGCAGCUGGCCCGAGUCUCCCCCCCAGCCAGUGGACGAGCAGCUUUGUGGAGACAAACUGCGGCAGCAGAUCCAACAGGAGAUGGAGCAGCCAUGCUUCGUCCCGUGUCCAGGAGACUGCCAUCUGACCGUGUGGUCGUCUUGGAGCUCCUGCCAGCUGACCUGCGUGGAGGGCCGCAGCUUCGAGACCACCGGCCGCCAGGCCCGCUCCAGAGCCGUCAUCGUCCAGGUCAUGGAGAACCAGGGCGCCUGCCCUCAUCAGGUGUUUGAGACGCAGCCUUGCAAAGGGGGGAAAUGCCACAGCUACGAGUGGAGGACGGGGGGGUGGAGCAACAACCAGAGAUUGGUGUGGUGUCAGCGCUCGGAUGGCGUCAAUGUCACCGGGGGGUGCUUUGCUCAGAAAAGGCCGACCCCGGUCAGACACUGCCAUCCUCUGUGCACCAAGCCCUUCUCACACUGCACACCGAGCGGGGUGUGCGGGUGUGAGAAGGGUUACACCGAAGUAAUGACCACGCAUGGCUUCCUGGACUACUGCACCAGAACCCCGGGGGUGGACAACAGCAAGAAAGCCGACGUGAAGACCAACUCUGGGAGACUGAAGCCGGGUCCGUCUCAGGCCCGGGACCUGUUCAGCGAGUGGACCCUAAGACCCGUCGGCCCAGACGGACGAGUGAAGCUGUGGGUUUACGCCGUGACGGCCGUGGGAUUCAUCUUAAUACUCUUCGUUAUUGCAUUUUCAUUCCUGGUUUGCAAACCGUUCCAGUCGACUAAGACCUCCCUGCCGACGCAGAAGCCCCUGACUCUGGCCUACGACGGGGACAUCGACAUGUAACCACAGGGGGGGGAGGGGGGGCGCCUUGAAGACCUUGCGUUUGUUGACAAGGGACUUCCUUCGGCGUGCAGCUGACGCGCUGCUUUCACCUGGAUGACGAGCACAAACUUUAAAUGGCCGAGGAUGGGGCGGCAGAUGAUUUUCCGGCGACGAGGCCGAGAACUUUUGGGCUUUCCUCAGCGAGGAGGAGGAGGAUGAGGAGGAAGAGGAGGAGGAGGAGGAAGAGGAGGAGGAGGAGGAGGAGGAGGAGCCGAGGCCUAACGCGGCACAAACGGGACAAAAGGCCUUGAGACGGACGUAAAGAAUGGACGUGUAGUUUCUUUUCUGAUCUCCUUUCGAUGGGAACACACUUUUAAGCACUGGUUGCAAACCAGCAGGUCGCUUUGAGGACUCCUCACAAAGGUCAAAGUGGGUUUGUUCUGCAGGAGGAACCACCUGAGUGUUUGUCUGGUAUUUGUGUCGUGAGGGAGACGAAGCGCGUUGGGGUCAGGGGUCACUCUCGAUGUUCAAACACAAAAGAAUAGAACAUUUGACUUUGUGGAUCUUUGUGAAAAGAAAUGUCAAUACGCCUUUUUCUGAGAAUAAAACAAAUGCUCUAUGCACUACGUUAGUGCUGAUUCACUUUGUUUGUUUCCUUUCAAAUGACUUUUCUAGUGUUUUAAUUGUAAUGCAAGUUGUUGCUGUCAGAUCUUGUCUUUAUGUUUGAUCCAAAAGCAUCUCGGACUCGAGCUUCACGACUCAAAGAUGCAGCCUCCUUUAUUCUGACGGCUGUGGAAAAAACUCUAAAUGUGUGUCAUUUUAUGUCCAACGCACUGAAGAGUGAGCGAGUGUCUCGUGGGGGGGGCACGGGAACCAUGGGGAGGCGAGGAGGGACCCUGCUGGCGGCCGAUGGCGGGCUUUUAGAGAAGGUCAUACCUCAGACACCAAAGCAGAUACAAGAAUAGAGAUUACGGAUAAUCCACCUGAUCACACAAUGGAUUUAAGAGUAAGAGGCUUCACUUAUUUUUCAAAAGAAUGUCACUCUUUAUUCUUAUUUUUAACCAUUUAUUACAAACACAAAGUCACCUGACGGAGCAAGUAACUAGUGUUUUAAGUUGUUUUUUUAUUUUCAAAACAUGAAACAUUAGUAAAAUUGAUCAGAUCACAUUUCUGUUUCUUUUUCUUCAAUUCGAAAUUGUUUCAGAUUCUCGUAGAGUUUGAAGGAAAGUGUAGAAAAGCCUCUUUGACCCUAACGGACCCAUUUAGUAUGAUUUAAACACAAACUGAACAUUUGGGCUUGUGAUGCACCUCCUUUUGAAUGUAUUUAGCCGGUGACUCUAUAAUCUGUUUAGUUGUGUAAAUAUCGUUGCUACCUGUGGUAACGACCGUAUUCACGCAGCUGAUUGUAUCUCAGCAUGUUUGAUCCAUUUUGGCCUUUGAAAGAUUCCGAGUACUUUCCUUUUUCAGGUUCAACUCCCAAACAACACAUCUGGCCACAUGUUGACAAUAAAACCGUUGGGACUGUGUGCUUUGUCCACUCAUACUGUUUGUGUUGCUGUUGUGUACUUGGGGAGCUGGAUGAAAAAUGCAAAUAAAUUGUGGAACCUUGUGAGAAUAAAAGGCUUGACUCUCUCGUA